GGUAAAGUAAAGAGGAAUGUCACAAGGAGAAAAGAAGUAUAUUCAGACGACUCUGUCAGAGUCUUUUACAAGGACAGACGAAAAGAAAAGGAAACAUUGUGAAGAAGACGUUGAUCAGCUGGGCACAGAAUCGAGCAGCAUGGAACGUUCCAGGGACUCUAAUGGGGGAGCGAAGGCUUUGAAACCUGGUCCUUCAGCUAAUGAUGAAAGAAAGGGUUUUCCUGGUUCUCGUGGAGGUGCUUCAAGGGAUAAACCUCUAAACAGUAAUAUUGAGGAAUCUGACAAUGGGAGAACAAAGUCCUCCACACAUAGUUCGAGUUCUUCAGCUUUUGAUGACAAAAGACGUGAUUUGGAUGAUUAUCACGGUGAUUCUUCAAAGAAUUAUGACGACGAUCAUUUUGAAGAUGAGCAUGGCUCGAAAACAGAUCCUGAUUUAGAUGAUGAUGGGGACAAUGCAGGCAUAAUGACAAUGCAGCCUACAAGUAAACCUGCAAAAACUUAUUGGAAGGGGGAACCUAUUAAGGAUUUGCGCUAUGCUCCUGAUUGCUUCAAGGAUGAGGCGCCAAUUGAGUGGAGGGCUUCUCAUGAAACCAAGGUCAUGUUUGAAAUACCCCAAUCGGAGCCCCCUACACCGUAUCCCCGUGAAUAUUUUGAACAGAGCCAUUUGGACAAGUCCAACUUUGUGUUCAUGCCUUGCUCACCCGCAAGUGAAAUACCCUGCCCACAGACCCCAGGGAAAAUUGUCCGUCGCUGGAAAGUGAUUGAGUCAUCGUUACAUCAAGAUUUGCCUGGUAGUUUUGAAUUACAGGAUGCCAUCUUGAGUUACAAUUUUCAUUAUAGGAAAAAAUGGGACUUUGAGAACUUUCACAGUUACUUCAAAAAGUGUUCUCCAAAUGAAAGAACAGACUUUUUUAACACUGUACUUCCAAAGAUGCAGAGGCUUGCUCUACAGCUACCUUCACUUUGCACUCAGCCUUUGCCAAUGCUUAAAAGGAACCAAAAUCGUAAGCUUGUCAUCAGCCAGCAGCAAGCAGCUUGUCUCCUUGCCAAUGCUUUCUUCUGCACAUUUCCUGGGAGAAACUUCAGGCAGAGAGGGGUUAUUCCGGAUAUCAACUUCAGCAGCCUUUUCAAUGGUCCUUCCUGUUCAAGAAAGAUUGAAAAACUGAAAUGCAUUUUCCACUACUUCAAGAGAAUCACAGAAAAAAUGCCCACAGGAGUACUGUCCUUCAACCGUCGGACCUUGGACAAUACUUUGUGGCUGAAGGACAGCGUUGAUUUUACAAAGAUGCACGUGUCAUGUGAUGGAACCAUAGAAGAUGAUGGACGUGGAAUGCUGCAGGCUGACUUUGCCAACAAGUAUGUGGGUGGAGGAGUCCUGGGUCGAGGCUGCGUGCAGGAAGAAAUUCGCUUCAUGAUCUGUCCAGAGAUGAUUCUCUCUCGACUUUUCACCGAAGUCUUAGAGGACAGGGAUAUUUUGAUUAUGAAAGGUUGUGAACGAUUCAGUAAUUACGCUGGGUAUUCUGACAGCUUCAAAUGGAAUGGAAACCAUGUUGAUACAACUGAAAGAGACUGUUUGGGAAGACUGUGGACAGAGGUGGUUGCUAUGGAUGCUGUACGGGUCAAGAGGACUGACAACCAGUUUGCAGAGCAUAUGGUCAAUAGAGAACUGCACAAGGCCUUCUGCGCUUUUGUUGACCCUGAGCACAACGACAAUCUGCCUGCUGUUUGCACUGGGAACUGGGGCUGUGGGGCAUUUGGAGGAGAUAAGCAUUUGAAAGCUUUGAUCCAAAUGAUAGCUGCCAGCCAUGCAAAGAGAGAGAUGUGCUAUUUCACCUUUGGCGAUAAUUCAUUGUGUGAUGAGAUUGCCAAAAUUAACUACGUUCUAUGCAGUGAAGGACUCUCUACAGUGGACGUCCUGAACAAGAUCAGAGAGUUUCGCCACCAAGAGCUGCUUGGCAAUAAGAAAUCCUUGUUUAAGUUCAUCGUGACAGAGUUUGGUUUGGGAUGGAAAGAUGUUUAGGAAGUGGGUCAUCUUCGUUUUCAAGAGCACUGUUUAGGGUCUGCAGUGAGGAGACAAAUUUGGGGGUUGUUACCUUUAUUAUUAUUGUUCUUUGUCAUGUACGUCCUACCACCUUCGUUACUUUUUUCUUUGACAUGUGCCUCCUCUCCUUUCAUAUCGUUUUCUUUGACAUGUGCCUCCUCUCCUUUCAUUAUCGUUUUCUUUGUCAUGUGCCUCCUCUCCUUUCAUUAUCGUUUUCUUUGUCAUGUGCCUCCUCUCCUUUCAUUAUCGUUUUCUAGGCCUGAACGUCCUCUCCUUUCAUUAUCGUUUUCUUUGUCAUGUGCCUCCUCUCCUUUCAUUAUCGUUUUCUUAGGCCUGAACGUCCUCUCCUUUCAUUAUCGUUUUCUUUGUCAUGUACCUCCUAAACUUUCAUUAUUGUUUUUGUGUACCUGUCAGGUUAACAAAGAUGAUGGCAGUCCUGAGGAAGGAGAGUUGUUGAAUGGUUAUGUUAUAUCCUGUUCAUUCUCUUUGUUCGUUGUCAUAAAUACUCCUCAGUUUCCCGCCCUCUGUGAUCAGACACUAAAUUUUACAGACUUUUUCCCCCUUUCUGCUAAUGCUUGUUUUCCUUUUUUUCUACUUCCACUUUGUUUCCCCUUUGGUUUUUCCAGCUUUAAUUUAAUGAACUUGUGUUGUUUCUAUCUCCCCCUGCCCUGGAAAGGCGCUGAUAAUAUUAUUCCUUUUUUGCACUGUGUGUAGUGUUUCUACUGUGACCAGUUUCUUACAUGUCUAUUUAAAACACGGGCAAUCAAUAAAUUGCCAUAUGUCAUCAUAUAUUGGCAAGCACCGUCCCCUUAGUUGGUGGAUUGUUCACUAACACCAACACUUCAAAACAAAACAAAUCAAGGUUUAUGCUCUACUUAUGUAUUUUUCAUCAAGUCUUAAAUGUAGAUCUUUCAAGUGUAAGUUUUCACUAACCUGUAUUAGAUCUAGAUCCAGUUUUGUGUUCCUCCUCGCUGGGCCCAGCUCGCCUGAGUUCUGUCUUCUCUCUAGGCUCCUGACACGAGAAAUUCUCCCGUGAGUAGUCACCGGCUGAAUAUAAACAACUCACGGGCUGAAUGUAAUGUUUGCCACUUUGGACUUUGGAAGGCCAAACCGUGGCCUACAAGUGGAACGAGGAGCAGUCGUUUUCUUUCACAGUGACAAUGUCCGGAUUUCAUUGCGUUGUUCAGGUCCUUUAAAAAGUUGCCUAUUAUAUUUCCAGAGAGCCAAAGUAAAAGAAAUAUCUUUCUUAUUUCAUGGAUAAGAAGCUCAGGCUUAAUAAGCACUUUUUUGUGUGGGGGGUUUUAAGUUGUGUCCUAUAUAAGGUGAUAUACAUUACUGAACUGAGCUGAUGAGAUCUCGAGUGGUUCGGCAAGGCACCUUCCAGGGAUGGAAGCUGCUUUUCAUGUUCUUGUUCAUCUUUAAAUGAACAUCCCAGUCUUUAGUGAGAAGACUGCACUGCUGUUUGCAGCAGGACCUCCAGGUCCCCAUAGAGUUUUGGGUCUCUCUGCCCAGGGUUGGGCCAAUAUUUCUUUCUGAGCACCUUGAGCACUGUGCAGGCUUUCAGCAAAUGGUUCCCUAUUUGAACGCCGGUUCCGCACUGACCAUGCUCUGACUGAAGCUGCUUUGUUUUUUGUUUUUGUUUUUGUUCAGUUGUGUUUGGGUUCGUAGCCACUCAAAUAAUCUUUGCGCUCAUUCCAUUGUGUGUAGUGCUUCUUGAUUACUUGAGUGAUGUGAUUUGAGUAUUGGAACUAUGACUAUGAUUGCAGUAUUCUGAUUUUCAUUGGUAUUGUACCCUGUCUUAUGAAAUUUUCUUUUUUGUUUGACAUGAAAUGAGCUUCUUUGCAAGUGUACAAUAGUGAACUCUAAAUCUUUACAGAAAAAGGUUUGAAAGAGAGUCUCAAAAUUGUUGCUUUUGUUUUAUCUUGUCAGUACAGUUGAGGCGAUGAGGUUACCUUCUUCUAAUCUUUUUCUUUUUCCCACUUUUAAACCUGUUGUGUUUAUGGCAAAAUAUAGCCAUUGUUUAACUUAUUCAGCUUAUUGUGAUUACUUGAUAUAUGUACUUCAAUUCCUCUGCAUUUUUUUCCACGAACAAUGAGUGCAGUUGAGAUGCUAACACAUGGAUCAAGUCAUCUUUUUCAGCCCUAGUCUUGUAAGUGUUUUGACAAUCCUUGAGAUAGCUACUGCAGUGUGAAUAAAGGCAUCACUCAAAUUGUCA